UCCUGAGUCUGGUUAGAUGAGUAAAAACUUUCAACUAUUUCUAUUUCUUCUGUGUCAUUUAGGAGGCUUUCAAGGUGCACUGUACUUCUCAGACCAGAUCUUACUCAUAGAGGAAAUCUCAUCUGCUGCAGCACGGAAACAUCAGCAGUGAGAUGGCGAGACAAAUUCCUUAGGGAGCUGCUUGUUUUCAAGCCAAGUGUUCAUGAUAUGAUCCAGCUGGCUUACAGGGAUCAACAAUCCACUUAUGAAAAAUGGUUAAAAACGAAUCCCACCUGGACGAUUUGACACUGGCAAUGCUCCAGAAUAAAACAGUCUCCAUCACCCUCCCAGUUGUGUAUACAGUAGUGGCUGUGGUCAGCAUCCCUGGCAAUUUGUUCUCCCUUUGGGUGCUCUGCUGGCACAUCAAACCCAAAACACCUUCUGUUAUUUUCAUGAUCAACUUAAGCAUCACGGACCUUAUGCUGGCCUUAUGUUUCCCCUUCCAGAUUUCUUAUCACGUCCGAAGCAAUCACUGGACAUUUGGCAAGACUCUUUGCAGCCUUGUGACAGUGAUGUUCUAUUCCAACAUGUAUUCUUCCAUACUGACCAUGACCUUUAUCAGCAUGGAGCGGUACAUGGGUGUGGUACACCCCUUGAAGUCGGUCAAGUGGAGAAGAAAAAGAUAUGCCUUGGGUGCCUGCCUAGCUAUGUGGUUUGCCUUGCUACUAGCCUUCUACCCACUAGAAACUACAGACCUGACCUAUGAAGUGAAAGAAUUAGGGAUUAUAACCUGUUUUGAUGUCCUUAAAUGGAAUAUGCUGCCCAACUUUGCAGCUUGGGUAGCCUUUCUCCUCACUUUAUUUGUUGUGCUGUUCCUGAUCCCUUUUGUUGUAACAGUUGGAUGCUACAUUGGUAUCAUUAGGAAGCUAAUUCAGACAUCAAGCAGAUAUGGCAAUAGGCAAAAGACUAGAUCCAUAUACCUGGCAAUAAUUGUCCUUCUGUCCUUCAUCACUUGCUUUGCCCCCAAUAACUUUAUCCUACUUGCACAUAUGAUCAGCCGCCUAUUUUACAACCGCAGUUUGUACCCUGCCUACAAGCUCACCUUGUGCCUCAGUUGCUUCAACAACUGCAUAGAUCCCUUCAUUUAUUAUUUUGCAUCGAGAGAAUUUUACCAGAAAUUCAUGCAAUUGUUUCGCCCUAUGGUACCGCUCAACGACAGCUCGGAAAACAGAAGGGAAAGUUUAUUCUCUGGCAGGACCAUGUCAGCCAGAUCGAUGUCAAGUGGACCCAUGGAUGGGUUAGAGGGAGUAAGGAUCAAUUUGCAAAGGCAGGAAAGUGUUUUUUAGUGUUAGAUAUUCCCAGAAGAAAGACACCUGUGAAACUCAGGAGUAGACACAGAAAACAUUUCCUUUUGAAAGGCCAUGCUGAAAAUACCUUGCUUCAGUGACAGAACUCAAGCUGUACUUAAAUUGCAUUUCAGGAUUUUCUGGGCAUGGAAGUGCUAAAGGAACUGAAUUUCUUCAAGAAGGCACUGAAGCAAAUCAAGCAGGGUUAGCCUGGAAAUAGCCUUGCUGCAUAAGACCAAGGGAUAGGUUUAGAACAGUUACUCUCAGGUUGUACUAUAGUUAACCAAAGACUUGCAAUUCUCAGUGAAUGUGAAGUAUUACUGUACAUGAAUUAGAGCAUACACCAAAGCUGAUUUGGGAGUAACGGAGUUGUUUUUCUAAAGAAUGUGCUAAGCUUUGUUGUUUUUUUUUUUUAUUAUAUUUCCUUCUCUGUUGUUGUAUUUUUAUAAAAGAAAGAAUAAAAGUAGCAUGGUAUUUUACCAUUAACGCAUAAUGCAGAGCCACUGUGAAAUCACCCAACUGCUUUUCAGUCAAACCACACUGACACUUGAAAAGGCUAGGUUGACUCAUAUUAUUAUUUAUUUCAAUCUUAUACAGCAAAACAUCUCAUUCAAUGAAAGGAAAGCUAACAAUGUUUGCAAAUACAGCUGCACUUCUUGAAGUUAUUAAUUUCUCAGGACUAUGGGGAGCACUUUAUUGAAAGUAACAGACCUUCCCACAUUAACCUAUUACAGUACCAAUGCUGCUUGUAUGGGGUUAGUAUCAACUGGUCAUUUUCACCAAUGUGAAAAGGCUACACAUAGAAGAACCAUCCCCCCCAGCAGAAUUUAGCUUUACAUAGUGCCUGGGGAGUGAUGUUUUCUUCCUUACAGAGAUAGUGUAGAUUAUAAACCAGAUUUUCAGCUGGAUAAAUGAAAAUUCAACCACAGACUGGAGAGUCAUUCUCUGCCAGCAGAAGCCAGAUGAAAACUUUUCCUGAUGGCCAGAUGUCAGAAACAGACUUCUUUCAGGCAGGCAAGAAGAAAGAAGAAAGAUGAAAAUAAGGCUUGAGAAUGGGAGUUGUACAAAACAUCCUGAAAAUAAGUUGUGGCAGGUAGGUUGAGCAGUCCUGUGUUUGGAGGCCUCCUCUGAAAUGUCUUUCUACAGUUUGUUUGCAUAUUGUGUGCCAUGUUUAAUCCUUCUCACUUCGCAACAACUGCCUGCAUGCCUGGAAAGACAACUGCUGCAGAACAUGCACUGUGGACAGAAAAAAGAGAAGAUAUUCCUGUAGUAUUUACAGCUUCUUACCUACAUUUGACUCUCACUGACAGAGGAUAGACACAAACCACCUGAGAAGACCAGACAAGACCCCCUCACAAGCAAGACAAAAAUACACAAUAUCCUUUUGCUGCGUUUCGACUCCAUCCAACGCUGAGGAGGAAGCCUUCUGCAAUGUUGUGGAUAGCUGGUUGAGACAUCUCAUGCUGCACUGAUUCCUGAGCUCCUGUUCCUAGGCAACCCCCAAGGCCCUUAAAAUUUCCCAUUUUUCUUUGGGCAUCUCAUGGUUCAAAACCAAUUUUACACCCCUUAUUACCAUGAAUUUCUUCACAGUGGAGGGUGGAAAACCACAACAUGCACAGUGAGAUAUUUGAAUGUCCUCUCUUCUGCUAAAGUAUUGUCAGUUUUUGGAAUAGAAUGAAUGUGAGUUGACCUAGCACUACUGUUUACAAGCCAAUGUGAACAUUCAAUGCUUUGUGGCAUUUCACAGUGCUAGUUUUAAUUGAUCGGCACAUUUUCUGAGUACAAAGCAAAUCUUAGUGAUACGUAACUUACCCAAACCCUCCCAUCAAUUUGCCUGGAAGCUACCCUUCACUAUUCACUUUCACAUGAUUCCAGCUUUCUCACUAUCACAAUUGUUUAAUUGUUUUUUGCAUUUUGUUGUGGCAGAAUUUUUUUUUAAGUUUAUACUGAAAUCUCUCUCCUUUUUCUUUUUUUUUUUUUAACCUGGAAAUAUUUUUACAUUGAAAGCCUUUACUUCUCCUACAUUUAAUGUAGACUUUGACUCUGUUUUAUCUUGAACAUGGUCCUCAAGUGCAUAGUCGCUCCUAAAAUAUGCUGCAAAGUGCCUGAACUAUAACUGACACAAAAUAGAGCCAAGAGGGCAGAAACCUUGCACUUUGGACAUCAACUGCUAUAUUUUGAAAAAUGGUGAAUUGCUCCUUUUUCAAGUGAAAAAAGAUGCUCACAAUGGACUGAAAAUAUUCUCUCCAAACUCAUGCAGCUCUUCCUAACCCUUCAUCUCUCUUCUGAAUAUGUUUAAAAGGAACAGGAAGGAUACCUCAUUUGAGUACACUUCAUGCCAUUUCACUAGCUUCUAGUUAACUCCUGUUGGGUCAGUGAGAUUGUUCCUUGAGAAAGGAAUGUAAAAAUGCACCCAUUAACACCAGUCCUUCGAGUCUGAUGGAAUAUACUGUGAAGUCUUGGAGAGUUUUUAUUUGAGAGGAAGAGAAUAAAUUAUUAUUAAAAGAGGCCCAUCAUACUGUUCUUUCAUCCAGGAAAUACAUCUUUCUGGAGCACCCUAAGAAUAAUGACUUCUACCCUCCUUGAUCAGUAAGUGUAAGUUGACAUCCAAAUACAUAUAAAUAUAUACAUAUACAUUGCAAUUUGUGAAGUUAUUGAGAAGAUCAUGUCCAUAUUCUGUACAAUUUGGGGAAUAUGGGCCCUGGGCAACUUGCUUACUUGUAAGCAUUAUUAUGUAGUUAAUGUAAUUUUACUGAAAAGAAUGUAAAGACUUCUGUUUGUUUUCAGGGUUGGUAGGAGAGUUGUGUUUGGUGUUGUUUAUAAUAACAGUAUAUAAAUUUAGUCUAUGAAUGUUCUUGAACUUUUUUGUAAUAUAAUGAUAAUAAUAAAGGGGAAAAAAGUACAUGUUUUAAGAUUCAUUCCUGUGUUUUUACCUGCCAUGCGGGAAAAACUUCCGAGCAUAGCAGAGGGCAAGGAAACCAAGUUAUGAAAUAAAAUUCAUCUAUUUCU